UCGGCAAGGAGGCGGCGCCCUAGGCGCGGUGCUGCCGCCGCCGUGGGAGGGGCGGCAGCGCUGGGCCUUAAAGGCAUCGGGCUCGGGCUCGGAGCUGAGGCCGGGUGUCGAGGGAUCUGCCGAGGCACCAUGGGGGCCGCGUACGCGGGAGUCCUGGGCUGGCGGCGGCGGCGGCGGCUGCUGCUGCUGCUGCUGCUGCUGCUGGCGCCCGCGGUGCCUGGGGCCGCAGGCCCCCGGCCCUGCAGCCCCAAGUUCUUCGGGCGCGACUCCAUGGUGUGCGUGUGCAAUGCCACGUACUGCGAUGCACCGGCCCCCCUGGCGUUGCCGGCCCCUGGCGCCUACGUCAAGUAUGAGAGCAGCAAGGCUGGCAAGCGGCUGGAGCGCAGCGAGGGCAGCUUCCGCCGUGGCCUCCAUGCACCAGAUCUCGUCCUCACCCUAGACACAGCACAGCGGUACCAGAAGGUGAAGGGCUUUGGUGGCUCCGUCACAGACUCAGCUGCGAUCAACAUCCUUUCCCUGCCGGAGCAGGCCCAGGAGCACCUGCUGCGGUCCUACUUCUCUGAGGAAGGGCUUGAGUACAACCUCAUCCGUAUCCCCAUGGCCAGCUGUGACUUCUCUCUUCAUGCCUACACUUACGAUGACGUUGCCUUUGACUAUGAACUUGCCCACUUCAGCCUGAGAGAUGAGGACACAAAGCUGAAAAUCCCUGUCCUGCACCGAGCCUUGGCCAUGACCAAGAGGCCACUGUCACUCUAUGCCAGCCCCUGGACCUCUCCAGCCUGGAUGAAGACCAGCGAGUCCUUCACUGGCAAGGGCACACUGAAGGGGCAAGCAGGGGACAAGUACCACAAGACCUGGGCCAACUACUUUGUACGGUUCCUGGAUGAAUAUGCCAAGCACAACCUGACCUUCUGGGCUGUGACAGCAGAGAAUGAGCCUUCAGCUGGGCUGAUCAACAACUACCCCUUCCAGUGCCUGGGCUUCACAGCUGAGCAGCAGCGGGACUUCAUUGCGCAAGACCUGGGCCCUGCGCUGGCCAACAGCUCCCACCAUGACAUCCAGCUCAUCAUCCUGGAUGACAAUCGGCUGCAUCUUCCGCACUGGGCCAAAGUGGUCCUAGAGGAUGAAAGGGCAGCUCGCUAUGUCCAUGGCAUCGGCAUCCACUGGUACCUUGACUUCAUUGGUCCCAUAAAAGACACUGUGGUGCCCACUCACGAGCUCUUCCCCGACUACUUCAUCUUGGCCACAGAGGCAUGCAUUGGAGCCCACUUCUGGGAGAGGGAUGUCAUCCUGGGCUGCUGGGAACGAGGGAAUCAGUACAGCCACAGCAUCCUGAUGAACCUGAACCACUUUGUGACUGGCUGGACUGACUGGAACCUGGCUCUGGACCUGGAGGGAGGCCCCAACUGGGUCAAGAACUACGUGGACAGCCCCAUCAUUGUGGACAGCAGUGAAGGCAUCUUCUAUAAGCAGCCCAUGUUCUACCACAUGGGGCACUUCAGUAAGUUCAUCCCAGAGGGCUCCCAGCGUGUGGGGCUUGUCGCCUCCAAAGAGUCCAAGAAGAUCAACCUGGAGUACUCCGCUUUCCUCCGCCCCGAUGGUGCAGUGGUGGUUGUAGUCCUCAACAGAUCCCCACAGAACGUGACCUUUGGGCUGGCCGACACGGUCGGCCUCAUUGAGGCCGUGGCACCAGCCAACUCCAUUCAGACCUACCUGUGGCGACGGCAGUGACAGGGCUGGGAGGCCCCGGGACAGCCACAGGCUAGACCAAGAAGGACUGGGACAGUGCGGGUCUGCAGCCACUUGCCGCCUGUGGGUGACGUGAAGGAGGUGGCUCGCCGGUGUCUGUGCUGCAGCAGAGCCAAGCGCUGGGGCUGGGCCUGAGCCGGCUGCAUUCUGCUGAUUGCCGGGACCGGGAAGUGACGUGAGCGACAGUGUGGGCAAGAAGAGUGGCAGAAAAGUGAGCUGGGCUGCAGCACCCCAUGCAUGUACAGGAGGACUGGGGGCACCGGUGCCCUCCAGGGCAGAGGGCCUGCAGGCUGUGAAUGCUGUUUCUGCUAUUCUGACAUUAAAGGCUGAUUCUGUCUCCA